AUCGAAACAUAUUUUGGCUGAAAUAUUCUUGUAAUAAUAUGUUUAUUGUGAAUGUUUCAGUUCAGGGGUCGAUAAUGCAGUUUGACAUGUAAUGACGUUUAACUGCCGGCGUAAAUAUUUCUUUCGAAAUUGAUGUUCAAGUUAAAUUAAAUUUAAAUGUACAAAAAUUAUUCACUUUUUAUUUUUUAUUUUGUAAUUUCCGUGAGAUUUAUGUGUGUAUUGUCACAGCGUAGACUGUUAUUUUCGUCUUACAAACUCCUUCGCUUUUAUAAACUAAAAUAUAAUUCUUGUAGCUUUCAAAAGACCAAUUCUAUUUGCUUUUAUCUUACAGCUUAAAAGUGUUUUAAGGCACGUGCCAACUUUCUUAAUUUUCUAACAAAUGAUCCGCAGCCUUUAAUCGCACAUGCAUAAUGCAAGUGUGAAUCACUUGAACCUCUUUUGGUCGGUGCUGAUCUCUCCAAUGACAAUUACAGAGUCAACAUUAUCACCGUUAUUGUUAUACUCAGCAUUAUUAUCUACUUCAUCUUCACCGCGACCACAGUCGCAAGUGUCUUUUCGGAAGACUGGACAUAUAUGUUGGAGGCAUCGUGUAUGGUGGGCAGCGUUUUACAAGGUUGCACCAAACUGAUUUCGGCUUUUAUUUUCAAAAAUAAAAUCUGUGGCAUGCGCGCAGAGUUGGAAAGACUGUAUGCUGAGUACGAAGUGAAGGGUGAUGAGUAUGUCAAGACGCUAAAUAAAUCCUGUGAACGCAUGUGGCAGAUCACAAAAGUAGUGGGACAAAUGUAUCUUUAUGCGGCUGUUGGAAUAGUAGUGACCAUAAUCUAUUUCGUCAUUGCAACAACGCAAAGAGUGUAUGUAAUGCACUUCUUCAUACCGGGUAUUGAUGUGAAUACUCAAACGGGUUAUUUAAUUACAUUGGGCGUGCAUGCCGUGGUAUUUAUGUCUGGCGCUUUUGGUCUCUUCGCUGGCGAUCUAUUCAUUUUGCUCUUCUUGACACAGCCAAUGUUGUUUGUUGAUCUGUUGGUGUUGAAAGUGAAGGCGCUCAAUGAGGCAGCUGCCCAGAAGACCAAUGCAGUCCAACGUCUACUGAUCGACAUUAUUGAGUGGCAUCAAUACUACACAGACUACAAUAAGCGUUGUAAUCAUUUGUUCUAUUACAUAAUAAGCGUGCAAAUUAUCACAUCGGGCAUCUCAAUCAUAUGCACACUCUAUAUUAUUCUAAUGGGCGAUUGGCCUGGAGCAUACAUGUAUAUACUGAUCGCCUUUAGUGGUCUCUAUCUGUAUUGCAUACUAGGCACGAAGAUUCAAGAUUGCAACUCCGCAUUUUGCAAUGAGCUUUGCAAUAUAAAUUUUUACGAUUUGGAGGUCAAGAGCCAGGAAAUGAUCGUAUUAAUUAUAAUGAAGGCUCAAAACCCAGUCGAGAUUAAAGUUGGCGGUUUUUUACCACUCUCCGUGCAAACUGCUCUUAAGAUUACCAAAACUAUUUAUGGAAUAUUUACAAUGAUGAUCCGCUUUUUGGAAGAAGAACAAUAAAAUAUUUACAUCAUUUUUCAUUCUUUACAGCUUUACUAAUAUUUUAUAAAGUUGCACAAUUUUCUAACCUCAAAUACUUGCACACACUCAAUUAAUAUUCACAUAUAUGUAUGUUACUUAUGUAGCUUUGUAGUGGUUCAACUUUAAAUAAAAUGGCAUACAUUUCAUAGGUGUUGCUUUAUUAGUAUGUUA